AUGGCGGUGGAGCGGAAGGUGGAGCUGUGGUUCAGGCGGGGCCUAGCGGACUUGUGUGUCAACCUGCUUGAAAAGCAGUUACCGAAAGACCCUAUCGUGCGGUUGUCCAAGUGGAACAAGCUCGACUUAUCCGACGACCAGAAAAGACGCAUCGGCGAGCUGUCGGACUCGAUUUUCAGAGAUGCCGAGGAGAUGCAUGUCGGAGAUAGUGUACGGUUGUACACUCGCGCAGGGAAUGACUGCGUCGGCGAGGGGUGUAUCGUGGAGCACACAGACGAGACCUGGGGGACAACGGGGAUCUACCUGGUGCCUCGUCGUGCUACACGAGGUUUCGCCCGGCGCUGGGCUGUACACUUGGAUAGGGUGCACGUGCCCCGCGCAAAGGCCUUGUACCCAGACGCCACCGAUCGCCGUGGUGAUCCCGCCACUGCGCAGCUUGCAAGCCGGGUGGACAGCGUCAUCCUGUGGGAUGCAAGCCGCUUGCGGAAGAUGACUGCUACCCCAUCAGCAGGAGCAGCAGGUGCGCCAGCAGGAGCGCCAGAAGUAUCGCCAGCAGCAACGCCACCAGGAGCACCAGCGGGCGCGCCAGCAGGAGAGGCAGCACGGGCGCCAGCAGAAGAGGCAGCCACUAGCAGCGAGCACGUAGAGGCGAGCACAGUGUCCUGCGAAAGGAGCGGGCUGAGGGCGACAAAUGGUGGCGGCAAGGAAGGUGCGGGUGGCCUGACCGACGAGAGACAAGCAACAGCGAGUGGGAAUUCCGCGGGUUCGGGUGGCUUGACCGAUGAGAGACAAGCAGCAACAGCGCGUGGGGGUGAUGACGAGGAGGCCGAGGUGCUUCUCGACGUCACCGCAGACAUGUCCAGCGCAGAAGUUGAAGAGCUACUAUUUCUCAAGUUGAAAGCACUCGACCAACGCAAUUACGCGUUGUUGCGCCUUGCAGCGGGUGAGGUGAGUAAACUCAUCCUCAAGAGCCACGGCGCGUGUCGUGCGUAUUUGGCACGGUUGAGAGACGAGUUUUUCAAGGUGAACGCGGAAGAUCUCGCGGCGGUGGAAGCAGCCCUCCGCCAGGCGGGCAUGAGCAAGGAAGAGGUGGAAGCCAAAAAGGGCAAGGAUUGGGUUUUAUUCCUCAAGCGAUGCCGAAGGUUGAUCCCACGGCCAGCAGAGCUGCUCAAGCGUUUUGACGUGGUCAACAACCUGUACGGUGGGCUUCUUGACAAGAAAACGAAGCAGCCACUGUUUCGAGCGGAAGCUCUGGAGGCUAUCAAGCGUCUUCGAGUACACAUCAUGAACGAUUGUUGUAGUGACGCUCCGAACGAGGCACUGUACUUCGAGGCAGGGAAGGAUGCUGAGACUCUCUGCCCGUUGUUUCGCUGUAUUCGAGGUACCAACGACCUAGAGGGGUUCCACCUGCACAUGCGCUUGCUGGUCGCGUGGUGCAUUUCUCCCAGGCUCGCCCAUCUUCUUCUCCUCGAGUACAACUACAGGUGGAACCUACGCCAGAGUAUGAAGAACCGUGGCCUCGAUGAGGCCGUCGGGGGGUUCUACGACCAACCAAUCCUUGAGGCCAUCCAGAGGAUGACUUCCAAGCUGUACGGCAAGGCGAAGUACUCCCAAUGGCUGCCGACGAGCGCAUACGGUGACACCGGGGAGCGCAGUGGGUUCGUCCGGAGCAUUUUCCCAUCAGAAGUGGGCGGAGGAGGUACGGACUCGGUCUUGGAGAUACUGGGUGGGGCGGAGAACAGCAGCAUGGACCCCGCGUCUGUGGAAGAGGCGGUUCCGCUCCCUGAGCUUACGGGAUCGGCCGCCAGGCUAGCAAAAAUGCAAGGAGUGCAGGUGCCGCACAUGCCGGUGACCAGUGCCGCUGAAAACUCAAAGUUCGGCGACAUUGGUUGA